AUGUCGACUUUGAAAGCCUCUCGCGCGGACAACUUCUACUACCCGCCCACGUUCACGCCGACCGAAGGUGGAGGUGAUGGAAGAUUUAAAAACACGCACGGCGCGCUCGGGAAACGAAAACAAAGUGGUUUUUUGACGGUACGGUUUGAAGCGCCGUUUCCUAUGCGAUGUUUACACUGCUCGAACGCACCUUUAAUCGCGAAAGGCGUGAGAUUUAACGCGAGGAAAAGUAAAGUUGGGAACUAUCUGUCCACGCCGAUAUACUCGUUCGUGAUGUUAAGUCACCGGUGUUGUAAUAAAGAGAUUGAGAUUCACACGGACCCGAAAGGGGGGGAAUUCGUGUGCGUGCGAGGGGCGAGGCGAGCGCACGAGAGAGACGUGUACGUUCCGGACGACGUCGAGGUGAAAGGAGGGAGAACUAUGGAAUACGCUGGCAUCGAUGGAGUUAUGGUGGAGAGAGGCAGUGAUAUCGAUCAGAUGAGUUCGCUAGAGAAGGAAGAGAGAAUGAAGCGGGAAGGGAAAGAACGGUUGUCGAGAUACGCCGAGGAUCGAUUACGGGCGGAGGAGAGAUGGAGUUCAGACUACGAAGCAAAUAAACGGUUGAGAAGGAGUAAUCGGGAGAGGAGGAAAGAAGAGAGAGGGAGGGACGAUGAAGGGAGGAAGAUGGGGUUUGCGAGCGGGGAAGAUGGUGGGGUGAAAUGCGGCCGCGAUGAGUCGGAAAAGAAUCAAGAAUGA